AUGGAGAUAAUCAAUGCAACCAUCCUGGCAAAUGUCUCAAACACAGAGUUAGGACCAUGCGAUAUGUAUUGCAGGAUUAUUCUGAUAAUACUCUACGGCGUGGUUUUACUUGGUGGCACUACUGGAAUGGUUAUGAUGUCAUGCAUGAUGUUUAAAAGGAACAGCCAAUCAGUGGUUGCCACAUUUGUCCUCAAUAUCAUAGCACUGCACUCCAUCCUGCUGGUGAGCCUUCCCUUCCGUGUCAGCUAUUACUUCUCAGUCACCUGGGGCCUUGGAUCCUUUACUUGCCGCAUGGUCAGCAGCAUCAUUUACAGUCAUAUGUACUUCACCUUUGUUUUCUAUGUGGCCAUUGUCAUCUUCCGAUUGCUCAUCUAUUUCAAGAAACUUCAAAUGCAACAGUUGAAGAGGCACCAUGCAGUAGUUUUGAGUGUUACUGUUUGGACAGUGGGUAGCCUCAUUUUUUUGCCAGUUUUUUUUUUACAAUAUGGCACAGAUCCGAGGCACUCAGAACAACAGCGAUGCUUUGAGUUCUACAGAGAUCUCAACCGCAGGGAAAUUGUUAUCAUGAACUACUCGAUGAUUGUCAUUAUGAUGACCAUGGUUGUGAUCCUCUUCCUCUUACAGCUGAUUGUCAUCUUUCAGUUGAUAAAGGCUCUGUGGCCUGAUAUGUGGACCCAUCAGGAAUAUAGGGCCCAAAUCAAGAGUUUCUUCUUCCUCCUAGUAAUAGUUGUUUGUUUUAUACCCCACCAUGCAUUCCGGAUACAUUUUAUUCAAAAUUAUUCAGAGAGAGAAAAUCCUAAAUUAGUUCUUUACAAUGAAAUCUGUGUUGCUUUAACAACUGUCUGCUGUUUGGAUAUGCUGUGCUUCACAAGUGGAGUGAUCCACUAA